AACCACUUUGGGGCACUUGUUUUGUGUUUUGUUAGAAUUGUUAGUUUGUUCGUUGGGUGCAGAGGUUUGAUCAACAUCAAGUGUGCAGUUUUAUUUGACAUCAAACUGGCUUGGCAUUAGUUACAAUUUACUUGCAAAAGUUACUUUUCUGGCGAAAUAGGAUUCACUGGUCAAAACAGCAAGUAUGGCGAGCAUCUGUGAGCUGCCUCGCACUGAGAAUAUCCCUGUGGACUCCGAUGUACCCACAAAUGCCGGAGACACUUCAAAUACGAGUGACACCAGUACUAGUGAUACCAGUUCGGGGACCACUCUGACUGCAGCUCAGCGGGCUCGUAUUGAGCGUCAGCGGCAGAAGGCGCGCGCUUUGCACGAUGCGCGACUUAUUAAAAUGCACCCUGCUGUAAAGGAGUCAGUAUCCUCUUCAGUAGGCAGCACGCGGGCUCGAGACACAGGCGGCGGCUUCCUUCUAGAAGAUGAUGAGCCCGAGACCAAGAUCAAGAAGGUGCAGGCCCCAGCACCGGUGGUCCAUGAGAGUGAGCAGCCACACUGCCUUGAGUGCGAUAAACCGUUCCCCAUGUCGUACCUGUAUGAUACAUUUGACUACAGUGUGUGUGACGAGUGCAAAAACGAUGAGACCCACUCCCUCAUAACCCGCACGGAAGCGAAGACAGAGUUCCUGCUAAAAGACUGCGACCUGGACAAGCGGCCGCCGCCCCUGAAGUGUAUACGACGCCGCAAUCCACACAAGGCUCACUACAGCGACAUGCGGCUCUAUCUGCGGGCUCAGGUGGAAGCACGAGCUCUAGAGGUCUGGGGCAGCGAGGAAGCCCUAGAGGCGGAACACGAAGAACGCGCGAAACGCCGCGAAAAGGCCCAAGAGACAAGCACGAAGCGAAAACUGCGCGAGCUUCGCAUGGCGGCCCGGUCUUCCCUCUUCGAAGGGAGGAAGGCCAUACAUGGACACACUCAUGAGUGGGGAGAGGAAACAUAUGAUGAGGAUAACGACAGUUAUACCAGGGUGUGUAAAACGUGCGGACAUAGUGAGACUUAUGAAAAGAUGUAGGUUAAAAUAUGUGUUUUUGAUAAUGGUUACUAAUGUUGGAACAAUAUUCCUCCCCCUAAGAAAACAAAACACAGUUUUAAACUUAUGAGAUGGUAGGUUAGGUUCGUGGUAGUUGCAUGGCAGCCCGAUUGAAGCUCUUGGAAGGCAGAAACGCCCCACAAGGAUAUACAUAAGCAUAAGUGGGAGGAAGAGAAAUUAUGUUGUCUUGUGUAUUUCAUGAAAUCGUUUUAGUUUUUAAUUCAAGACAAGUAAUUUUAUCAAUUUUAAAAGCAAUAUAUACCUACGUUCAAACACUGCCAUUGUUACAAAUGUUACAAUUUACAAAAUGAAACUCAUGAAUCAUGGAUUUAAGUAUCUUUAAUAUGUCUACCUCGUAUAUUUUAUAAGUAUUAAUAGUUAAUUUCUCUCUCUCUGUAGUUUUAGCAUUUUAAAACAAUUCGUCUGGUAGCCAAGUGAAAUACAGUUUAAUUGGUCAUUACUUUUUCUCGCUGGCGAGUUAUGUACUAAAUCAA